UUUGCUUUCAUUUGCUUUCAUCAAUCAAAGAAGCGUGCUUCAGUUUGUUCCUCAGGACGUUUAUCUACGUAGAUUCACAGAGCUGCCUUCCGUCUUUCUAUCUCUUCCCAGCAGGUUUCACCCGCUGAAUUGGCUCAUCCGUCUCUGAGCGGAACGCUUGUAAUGGCGGACAGACAGCCCCCAGCCUCGCAGUCUGAAAAGAAGGAAAAGAGCUUUGGAGAGUUUGAGACGGCGGCAAAUGAGCUUCUUGAGAGGAGCCGCCAAUUGCUGGAAGCAGCAGCUGCAUACAGCAGCAAGUUAAAAGCAGAGGGCGAUGCAAUUGGGAGCCAGGCAACAGCCCUGGGAAAGGACAUCAAGGCGCUGCAGAUUGAGGUUUCUAAAGCAGCGGACAGGGAUGAGAUCAGCGUCGAUGAAGCAGAGAAGUUGGAGGAUGAGAUCAAACGGGCGAGAAGCGCUGUCUAUGAUGGGGACGUCACUGCCCUGAUGCCUCACAAGGCCAACGGCACAUUUAUGGGCAUGCUGCUCGGCAACGUGAACGUCGUCGCCGCACGGCGCGAGGUGCGCUUUAAGGUGAAGGAGGAGUACAACACGUACCGUGACCGCACCGCGCUCGUCUUCCUCACCUUCCCCUCCGUGCUGCUCUUCCUAAAGCACUAUUAUGCGGGCCAGUGCCUGCCGGGACUGCUCGUGACAGCCUACUCCGCGUGGCUGCUCUUCUUCUACACGAGCCUCGCGCUGCGCGAAAACAUUCUCAAGAUCAAUGGGAGUGACAUCCGGCCCUGGUGGAUCCAGCACCACUACUUUGCCAUGCUGAUGGCUUCCCGCCUGUGGAUCCAGCACCACUACUUCGCCAUGCUGAUGGCGCUGGUCAGCCUGACGUGGGGCGUGGAGGGCUCCGACUGCCUCCAGAAGCAGGAGAGCGUCAGCCUGUUCCUCCUGUGGGCCGUCAUGCAGGGCGUCGUGAUGCUGCUCCAGAAUCGCUACCAGAGGCGACGCAUGUACACCCGCAUUGCUUUGGGAAAGGCUGGGAGGAUGGACGUGGUUUGGGGCGAAAGCGCCGGAGUCAAAGGGCAGCUGUGGGUUCUGUACCCGCUUCUCUUUGCCCUCCAGGGCUUUCAGUUCUACAUUGGCUCAAGAUUGAUAAUGUCGUCAAUCUUCGUUUCCUACGAAUGGCAGAUUGUGGCUUGUGGGGUUCUUCUAAUCAUAAUGGCAGUCGGGAACUUCCUGAAUACUGUCGCAACGCUAGCUACGAAGGCCAAGAUCAAGAACAAGAUGAACAGGAAGCGGAAGGAGGUGAGCGAAACCAUCGCUCGUACUUUCAGUGGUCCUCCAAAGAAGACCCUUUAG